AUGGCUACUUCGAGCGAGCGUACCACCACACCAUUCACCUUCUUAUAUUACGACACUCCGAAACACGGUGCUUCCCAUCGACGGACUGUCAAAUCGCACAUCUCGAGCAAGUAUAGAACGGCUAUCCGGCAGCAAACCAAACCGCGUUACGCAUUACCUCGUCGCUCUUCGUUUGAAGAUGAUGGCUUUCGACACCCGAUUUCGACACCCAUGCGGAGGACAAAGAAGACGACGCACGUAAUGCGUCAAAACGAGGUAGUCAAGCUCUCGCAGCGGCCUAUACCAUUAUUGCUGGAAACGGGUUUCAGUGGCACGAGGGUAGACCCGUUUAAUUCAUUCCCCGGUCAACAGACCCCAUGCGUUACCAAUGCCAUUGAUUUCUACACCCAUGUCAUAUCACCUCUUCAAGAACCCUUGCUGCUAGCGUUCAAUAUGGUCAACCCGAUGAUGACUUGGAUGUUUCCUUUGAUUCUCCAACAUGAGAGUGCCUUUCAUGGAGCUGUCGCUUUAUCCCAGGCAUAUUUCGAAAAAAGUCAAGCCCCCACAGCGAUGCCGUCCGAGGAAAUACUCUUCCACCGCCGGAAAGCCGUAUCGGUACUACGCGAUGAGCUCUCCAACCUCAAAGGCGCCCCGAAUGAUGGCGCGUUGAUGACCGUGCUUGCGCUGGCAUCUUUUGACGUCCUCUACCGAAAAGAUAGUACUGCGAAUAGCAAGGCUGUAGCUCUCAUGGUUGCAUUAAAAGGGGGACUCGACAAUCUGGAAGGACGAGGGCUUAUCAAAGCUUUCCUGAUACAGAUUGAUUAUUUUUGGAUGCUUGAAACCGGCAUGGAAAGCGUGUUUCCAUUUUCUAAACGCAAACGGCAGAGAGCAUAUCCUCAGCAUCCGUUCAACGCCGACAUCCUCUCUUUGAUUGCUAGUUUGCCACCGGGAUUCGCCGCUUUAGCACGCCAAAGUUCUCUCAGGAUUGACGUUCUACAAAUUUUGUCGCGGGUAGGCAAGUUUCUCCAUUCCCAAACUUCCAACUGCCCACUACCAAUCGAGAGAGACCCGAUUCCGGAAGACCAGCAAUACCCGGACAUUUUCGAUGCUUGCUCCUGUCUUCAUUCAUCAGCUUCUACUGUGCAUAGUUUGGAAAAGAACAUAUGCCUUGCAAUCAUACUUUUCAGUUUUAACAUCCAUAGCCAGGCCCGCUCGUCAUCGAAACUCACGGCCUUCCGCGGGUCACGGCAAGAGUUGACCAGAUCGCUUCCAUUCACGUCCAGACGCAAUCCAGAAGAGCGAUAUUGUUUAGUAUGGAUCUGGAUGAUUGUGAUUGGGUCGUGGCAAUGGGAUCUUGAUUUGAGUCAAGACGGUCUUUCCAAAUGUCGGAGCUUUUUCGACAACUUCGAAGAAGCUAGAUCCUGGAAUAGAAUCGAGUCGGCCAUGCACCAAUUCUUCUGGUAUGAACCAUUGGCAAAAGGUUGGAAAGCGAGCUGGCAACAAGUAUUGGGCUCGUAUCAAAGAAUGAAUCAGUGGGACAUGCACCUUCAAUCUACCGACAUAACAAGUCCUCCGAAAAUAAAUCGAUCGGCACGAGAAUCCACGCCUACCUCUACAAGCUCUGCAGCUACGAUGACAGAAGAUGGACUGGGGGGAUUUAAUAUUCCCGAGAGGACUAGACUAGCAAGCCCGGCAACGGGCGGUGAAAAAUCUGAAGGGGCUCGUCAAGCAACCACGCUGCCACCGAUGUUGACACUAGAUACCUAUGUUGAGUGGAUAUAUUGA